AUGGCGGAUUCACGAAAAAUUAAAUCAAGUAAUUUGUGGAACUGUUUUGAAGACUUGGGUGGAAAUAAAAUGGCAAAUUGUAAAAUUUGUCAAACAAAACUUAGUUACAAAUCAUCAACAACGAAUUUAAAAAAACAUUUGGAGAGAAAACAUCCGACAAUACAGUUCGUGUCCACGAAAAUAACUCAGUCGCAUCCAGAACCACCUACAUCGUCCCAACCCCAACCUGAGCCCUCUACAACGUCCCAACCACAACCAGAGCCCUUUGCAUCGUCCCAACCGCGUCUUGAACCCCUGACACCUCUUCAAUCUCACACUGGGCAAGAACAACAAUCAUCGGCAAGAGUUUUGUUGAACCAAACUAUGGCUCGAUAUAUAAAAAAGAAAAUAACCCCUAACGAAAAAAAGAAACUGGACAACCUGCUGAUGCAGUUGUUCAUUUACGAUUAUCAACCAUUUUCCAUAGUUGAAGAUCGAGGUUUCAAGGCGUUUGUGGAAGGCCUGAACCCCUCUUAUCAGUUGCCAAAUAGGAAAGUCCUCUCGAAUAAUUAUUUGCCUGCACUAUAUGAAACGUGCAUGACAAAAAUGAAGAUCAAACUGGAAACUGACGCAGAAAGCAUAUGUCUGACGACUGAUAUUUGGACAUCCAGCGUAAAUGACGCUUACUUGGGACUAACAGCACACUACAUAGAUCCAAGCUUUCAAAUUAAGUCAGUGCUGUUGGACUGCACAAUUUUGCCGGGUUCGCAUACGGCCGAAAAUAUUAAAGAACACGUACUCCGCAUUGUCGAAAAUUGGAAACUUAAAGACAAAGUGUUAAUAGUUGUAACUGACAAUGCCAGCAACAUGAGAAGUGCUGUUGAGAAAAUGGGAUGGAAGCAUUUUGGUUGCUACGCCCACACGCUUAAUUUAAUAGUGAAGAAUUGUACAGUGGAGGAUACUGCAGACGAAGAAGUACGGCGUCUUAUAAAUAAAGUAAAAAACAUUGUUUCACACUAUAAGAAAAGCGUGAAAGCUACCGAAAAGUUAGUCAGUUAUCAAAAACAAAACGGUAUUUCUGCACCUAAAAAAGUUCUCCAAGAUGUGGCAACAAGAUGGAACUCGACAUUAAAAAUGUUGGAGCGCUUUGUCGAGCUUGAAGAUGCCAUCAAAGCAACAAUGGCCUUAAUGGAUGAGAGGUGGGAGUCCUUGACACCGGAUGAGUGGCGGAUAUGUCGGGAAUUGUGUACAGUGUUGAAGCCAUUCCAUCAGCUUACAGAGACUAUGAGUGGCGAGAGAUAUGUGUCUGGUAGCCAGAUACUUAUUUUAACAAGGGGUCUAAUGUCAGCACUCAACCAAAUGCUGCAGAUAACAGAAGACCCACUCGUGGAAGACUUCGUCGAUACUCUCCACGAAGUUACAAAAAGAACAAUAUCGUCUCUCAGGGCAGAAACAGGAAGACGGUUUGCAAAUUUGGAAUGUAGUAAGACCAUCGGAAUUACUACUAUGCUCGACCCGCGUUUUAAGCUUCACGUGUUUCAGAGCCAAAUAUAUGCGGCUGAAGCCAAAAAAUCUGUGACAGAACUGGUUACGGGUUUAAUAAGAAGAACAGAAGCAACUCGGCAGCCAGAACGCGUGGAAGAGCCUGAACUUGCAGAACCUGCAGCAAAAAAGCCUAGAUUUGAUAUUUGGGGCGAAUACGAUAUUAUAAUCCAAGCAGCGCGUCCCGAAGGAACUCCCCAUUCGCAAGCUAUCCUAGAAGUACAGAGGUACUUGGAUUUACCACCAUUGGGAAGAGUAGAAGACCCGCUACAGUGGUGGCAUACUUUCCAGCACAGUUAUCCACAUCUCGCUGUUUUAGCGAGAAAAAAGCUCAACUUCUUAGCGACUUCUGUACCCUGUGAGAGGCUUUUUUCCAAAGCUGGCAAUAUUCUAAACGAACGACGUACCAGACUUGGCGUACGAAAAGUGCAACAGCUGCUGUUUUUAAAUUUUAACUACAUGUCACAGUAA